AUGAAGUACAUCAACAUCUUGUCUCUGGCGACUCUAAUCACAGUGUCAUCUGCACGCCCGGGGCGGCUUUUGCAAUACUCUGAGAAUACCACAUCAACAGCUAGCGACAUCACAUCUCCAGGGCCAGACUUCAACUUUUCACAACAAACUACCAACGACUCAUUCAUAAGGUGCGCUUCGCAUCCCACAGAAGCGCAACGUCAACUACUGGACGUCUUCUCGGAAUCACAGCAAGAGACGACUAGAGUUCUGAACCACGUCGUAAACGUUUACGUCCACAUUGUGGCAUCUCAAGCCAAGCGAUCACAAUACAACAACGCCAUGAUCCAAGAUCAACUCACGAUCAUGAACGACGCAUUCGCCUCAACUGGUUUCUCGUUCGAACUUGUAGGCUUCGACAUCACGGUACAAGAAGUCUGGGCCAAAGCGGCUGCUGGAUCUACCGAUGAACUCACCAUGAAGAAAGCUCUUCGCCAAGGCAACUACCAGGCACUGAAUCUUUACUUCUUGUCUGACCUUGGAAACGGAGUGCUUGGAUUCGCAUACUUUCCCACUACGAAUGUGUCUGAUCAGACGAAGACACUAGACGGCGCCGUCCUCCUUGCCGACUCUCUGCCCGGAGGAAGUGCAACUAAUUAUGAUAUGGGAUUGACAGCAGUCCACGAAGUCGGACAUUGGUUCGGCUUGUACCACGUCUUCGAAGGAGUCGCUUGCGGUGACGCACAGGGUGAUCGAGUUGGCGAUACUCCGAGACAAUUGACAGCAACUUAUGGAUGUCCCGCAUUCAAGGAUACCUGUCCGGGUAUCAAGGGAGUGGACAGUUUUAACAACUAUAUGUAUCACAAGGGACAUCUUGGUACGAUGGGUGCCCUUAACUUGGCCGAAUGGCAGAGACUGCCAGUCUCCCUCUCCGAACUCUGCAUCAACACGACACUCCGCUGUGGUCAAUCUUUCCGCUGGCGCAAGAAUGACCUGGGAGUCUGGUCCAUCGCUCUGCACAAUCGGAUACUGUCUCUACACCAAGACAAAGACUAUCUGUACUAUCGCUCAAUACCGCCCUCUCUAACCAAGAUCAAGCUAGAAGCACCACCCACGCCCCCAUCAUCGAAACCUCCAAGCCUGCCAGAAGAGGGCGACAUGGACGACGAUACCCUGGACUUAGUACGCCACUAUCUCAACCUGUCGCCGAACUCAAUAGAACUAUACAAGCAAUGGUCUGCCAACGAUGCCAACUUUGCUCGGCGGGCUCCAGCUUUCACAGGCAUCAGAAUCCUUCAACAGGAUGCCUGGGAAGCUCUGGUUGGCUUCAUCUGCUCCUCGAACAACAACAUCAGCCGAAUAUCCCAAAUGGUGCAUAAACUCUGCACGAACUACGGACCCUACCUCGGAACCUUGGACGAGGAAGCAUACCAUGACUUCCCUUCUCCAAACGCUCUCGCCGUUCCAGGUGUGGAACAAACCCUUCGAAAUCUAGGCUUUGGCUAUAGAGCAAAAUACAUCGCAACCACAGCCAGACUCGUCUCAGAGAAAGAAGAUCCCAACUGGUUAGACUCUCUCCGAAAUCCGGCGUCGCCAUCAUACCUGAACAGCAACAUCAAAUCCCCGUUACUGUCCGGAGAAGAAGAAGAUAAUGGCUACGACGUCGACCCCGGAGGUCGACCAGGGUACCGAGCCGCUCACGAAUCUCUCCUCACCCUACAAGGCGUUGGACCCAAAGUCGCAGAUUGCGUCUGCCUCAUGGGUUUAGGCUGGGGGGAGGCUGUACCCGUGGAUACCCACGUCUGGCAAAUCGCACAGCGAGAUUAUAAGUUCGGCAAAGGCAAACACGCGAGUUUGACGAAAGUGACUUAUGAUGCUAUCGGAGCAAAGUUCAGAUCUUUGUGGGGGAGAGAAGCGGGUUGGGCACAGUCGAUAUUGUUCACGGCGAACCUGAAGGCUUUUAGCGAGAGGGUUGUCGCGAAGAAGGAGGAGGUGGUGGUAGCGAUGGAUCUUAAAAAGGAAGAUGGCACGGAGGAUGGAGAGGGAGAGGUUGUGAGUGUGAAGAAGGAACGGGUGCUCAAGCGGGAGUAUGUUGAUGAUGAAGAGAGCACGGUGCUGGAAGUGAAACACGAAAAGAAUACGAGAUCGAAAAGGAAGAAGAGGAAGAAUUGAACCAUCCGAC